CUCCAUCUCGAUAUCUUGUUACUUUGAUCCCUGUGUUGAUUCCAGUUACCAUAGUUCCUUAAAGAUGGCGCAGAAAGAAGAAGGAAAUUUGAAAAAAUCAAUAACUGUUUACGGAUUGCUGACCUCAGUCUCUUUCCAACAAGCAAAAAUUGCUGCAGAGACAAUUGCUUCAAAAAGAAAGGAUGUAUUCUCCAGCAAUAAAUCUGUUGGAAUGCUAGAAUGUGACUGGAUGCAAUUUAUCACAACGGUUAAAAGGACAAAGCAAGGAGAAACAUGGGGUUUCAAAGACGAGACAUUAGUUUUCAUAGGGGAAAAUCCACUGGGAUCUGCAGAAUACUUUAUUAAUUGGUUAGCAACUGAGUAUGAAUAUGAAGAAUUUCGGCCACUUCCAUUAUUCUAUGCGAUGGCAAAAGAAGAAUACAAAAAUCACCUGCUUGAGAGUGGGCACGAAUUUGUGUUUUUGAGCAUCACAGUUGCUAAUGAACCGGCUGGAAAAAUUUUAAUUGAGCUGUUCACUGAUAAAUGCCCAAAGACCUGUGAAAAUUUCAAACAGCUUUGUAUUGGAGAAAAAGAAGAAAAAGAAAGACACAGUCCACCAUUAAGCCUUACAUAUAAAAGAAGCAUCUUCCAUAGAAUUGUGCCCAAUGGCUGGAUUCAAGGCGGAGAUUUUGAAGGAGGUAGUGGUACAGGAGGUGAAUCAAUUUAUGGAGAAACUUUUGAAGAUGAGAACUUCUCUGCGAAGCAUGACAAGCGUGGAAUGGUAGGAAUGGCAAACAAAGGAAGACAUUCCAAUGGGUCUCAGUUCUACAUUACUCUACAACCUGCACCUUGGAUGGAUACUCAGUAUGUCGCAUUCGGGAAAGUAAUAGAGGGGACAGAGACAUUAAAUGAACUGGAGAAACAAGAAACAUACAAUGAGAGGCCUGUAAAAGAAUGCAGAAUAUCUGACUGUGGGGUUCUUGAUGUCCACUCAUUAUAUCAAGUGUAACUUACACAUGUGUUAUCCAAUGUAAAAUAACUUUGAUCACAUCUCUGUAGAUAGAAA